GGAGCUCCCGGAAGAGUACUGCCGGCCUUCCUGAAUUGUUGUUGUUAUUAUAUUAGAGCCAACCUAUCGUCUCUCGUGGCAGAAAUAUCGUCUACAAUCGACAACGUUUAGGCCAAGCCCUAUUUAGUGUUUCGAUUUAAUUUAUUUGCGUCGACGGUGACAAAUGUCAACCCCUGCUAGAAGGCGUCUGAUGAGAGACUUUAAAAGGCUCCAAGAAGAUCCUCCUGCAGGGGUAAGCGGGGCACCCUCAGAAAACAACAUAAUGGUGUGGAAUGCAGUAAUAUUUGGACCUGAGGGAACCCCAUUUGAAGAUGGGACUUUUAAACUGACAAUAGAAUUUACAGAAGAGUAUCCCAAUAAACCACCAACAGUUAGAUUUGUGUCCAAAAUGUUUCAUCCAAAUGUAUAUGCUGAUGGCAGUAUAUGUUUGGACAUUCUUCAAAAUCGUUGGAGCCCUACUUAUGACGUGUCCUCAAUUUUAACUUCCAUACAGUCGUUGCUGGAUGAACCAAAUCCAAACAGCCCUGCAAACAGCCAGGCGGCUCAGCUGUACCAGGAAAACAAACGGGAAUACGAAAAGAGGGUUUCUGCAAUUGUAGAACAGAGCUGGCGUGACUGUUGACCCUUGCCCUAGUUUAUGAACACUCUGAUCAGGAGGAAAAUAUAUAUAUAUGAAGUGUUUUGAGUGAUCUUCCUGUUAACUAGAAUCUUUCCAUUUACAUUGUUGACCGGCUAUUGUGCUGUCACCGCCUUCCUUAGCCCCAGCUGGUGCUUUUCCCCUUGGACACCCGAGAGCAUUCGUGUUGAAAUCAAAUGUACUAAACAUGGGUUACUUGCAAAACAAAAUCUUCUAUUUUUAUUUCUCAAAGCAGUUCACCUCAGCCUAUUGGUUCUUCAUCACUUGCUGUUAUAUUGUCUGUCAUAUCAGAUGAAGCCGCUGUAUAUUAAAAACAAAGGGAUAUAUCACUAUUGAUAGCGGAACAUAGUGCAUUUUGGCAUAAUCGUGAGGAUGAGCUGCUGGAGUUAAAUCUUUUAUAUUUGGUUUUAGUAUGACAGAAGAAGUGCAUUGUAUAAGUGCAGUUGUACUAUAUCAUAUGUUUUCUAUUUUAAAUUGAACAAUGCUUAUUUAUGGAUUUGCCGUAGAAGGGAGGGGGCAACAAUUAUCCUUGUUUAGUAUAAAAUGGAGCUUUUAGGCCUGUAGCAACUGAAGAAAUAUACAGGGGAUGCCAUUCAUGGCCUAAUUAAAUAAGAAAAUAUUGCACUGAGGUCAUUUCUUCACGACAUGCCUGGGGUCAACAUGUUCUUUAGAAGGCCGUUCAAAUGGUAUCAACUGAAGCCCAUGAAUUUUUCUUUAGUGGAGACAACGCUAUGAAUUAAGAAAGCAUUUAGUGAUACUGUACCUUACAUUGAAUAUCAGGAAUGUGGUAGCAAGUGGAUAACUAGUGUUUUAGAAAACAGCAAGUCUACACUACAUUUUGUGACCAUUGGGUGUUGUGUAAUACAAAUGUAGGCCAAUCUGAAUGUUUGGGAGUCAUUUGCUGCUUGAGGUAUGAAGUACAUAGCUUCUAAUUGUAAAAGUGGGAAACAGACUUGGUGGACAUAGUGUUUGGAAAUGGCAGAUUCCUAUUUGUUGUGAUUGGAAGCUUGAUUAAAACUCAAGGGUGCUACUUUUUUUUUUCUUUGCAUCAGCGACUAGUAGUGUUUAACUUCCUUUGUUUGCUGGAUGGGAUUAACACUUCAGUUAAUGUAGUUCUGGUCGACGGCUAACACUGACUUAUUUUGUUUUUGCACAAACAGGUUGUGUUUUCUCCAAGUAACCCAUGUAAAACUGUACAUUAUUCUGAACGUGUAAAUAAACAUAUAACCUACUUAUGUUCCUAUGUAAAUA